CCAAUUGGCGUGGGUCCGCGCCCCACUUCCGGCCCACCCUCGCCUGCAGCUGGGGAGGGCCGGCCUGCUAGUUCAACAGAGGAGGAGCAUCUGGAGCAACCCGGGCUACCCCGGGCGCCGGCCCAGCUGCCGGCGCCAUGCCCGCAUCUGUGCUGUGGGCCGUGGACCUCUUUGGCAGAGUCUACACCCUCUCCACGGCUGGCCAGUACUGGGAACUAUGCAAGGACACCCAGCUGGAGUUCAAGCGGGUCAGCGCAGCCACGCAGUGCUGCUGGGGCAUUGCCUGUGACAAUCAGGUGUACCUGUACAUGUGUGCCAGCGAUGUCCCCAUCCGCCGCCGAGAGGAGGCCUAUGAGAACCAGCGCUGGAACCCCAUGAGUGGCUUCUGCGAGAAGCUCCUACCGAGUGACCGCUGGUCAUGGAGUGACGUGAGUGGCCUCCAGCACCGGCUGCUGGAUGGGGUGGCACUACCAUCGCCUCACUGGGAGUGGGAGUCAGACUGGUACGUGGAUGAGAAUUUUGGAGGGGAACCCACCGAGAAAGGGGGGUGGACCUAUGCCAUGGACUUCCCUGCCACCUAUACGAGAGACAAGAAGUGGAAUUCAUGUGUGCGGCGGCGGAAGUGGAUCCGAUAUAGGCGAUACAAGUCCCGAGACAUCUGGGCCAAGAUCCCCUCAAAGGAUGACCCCAAGGACCUGCCUGACCCCUUUAAUGACCUCUCUGUGGGGGGAUGGGAGAUCACAGAAGAGCCUGUGGGCCGCCUGUCAGUGUGGGCUGUGUCUCUGCAGGGAAAGGUGUGGUACAGAGAGGAUGUCAGCCACCCCAACCCGGAAGGCUCGUCAUGGUCUCUGGUGGACACCCCAGGGGAGGCUGUCCAGAUCAGCUGUGGGCCCAACGACCUGCUGUGGGUCACCCUCUGGGAGGGGCAGGCCUUGGUCCGGGAGGGGAUCAACAGGAACAACCCCAAAGGCAGUUCGUGGUCCAUAGUGGAGCCUCCUGGGGCUGAGAAUGGGAUCAUGCACAUCUCCGUCGGAAUGAGUGUCGUCUGGGCUGUCACCAAGGACCGGAAGGUGUGGUUCCGAAGAGGCGUCAACUCACACAACCCUUGUGGCACCAGCUGGAUUGAGAUGGUCGGGGAGAUGAUGAUGGUGAACGUGGGGCUGAAUGACCAGGUUUGGGGCAUCGGCUGUGAGGAGCGAGCUGUGUACUUCCGUCAGGGUGUCACCCCCAGUGAGCUCAGCGGGAAAACGUGGAAGGCCAUUGUUGCAGGCCGGGAGAGUGACCGGUCACACUCUGGCAGCUCAUCGAGCCUCCUCAGUGCUGGCUGCUUCUUUGGUGACGAGGUGAAGGGCGGCAGUGAGUCUGUGCCCAGCGAUACUGAUGCAGCCUCAGAAGCUGAGAAACCUGCGCCUGAGCAGUCUGCCCCUAACGAGCCUUCAGACAAUUCCAGGGACCCCAAGGGAAGCUCAGCCUUGGGCCCUGAGACUGAGGGGUCUACAGAGUAUGCUUCGGAGGACACCUGUCCCGCUGAGGGUGGAGGGGAGACUGCCCAGGCCUCUGUCACUAGUGAGCACCCUAUACCAGCCUCCAUGCCUGCUGAGCUGCCCUGGACCAACAUUGACCUAAAGGAGCCCAGGAAGGUGCCCAGCCACUCCGCUGCAGACUUUGCUGAAACCACAGGCCUCUCCUCCCUGGGACUCUUUCCACUGGGCCUGGACGAGCCUUAUGGGGCAGAUGAACCCCCACUCUGGGCCUGGGUGUCCGGGGGCGGCUGCGUAGUGGAGGUGGGCUCAGCGCUCAAGUGGUUCACUGUCCAGUCAGGUCUAUCUCCCUCUGUGCAGUCCCUGUCCCUGUCCAUCACUCAAGCCCAGACCGCCGCCUGGAGGAAGCAAAUCUUCCAGCAGCUCACAGAGAGGACCAAGCGGGAGCUGGAGAACUUCAGGCAUUACGAGCAGGCCGUGGAGCAGUCCGUGUGGGUGAAGACCGGAAGCCUGCAGUGGUGGUGCGACUGGAAGCCCCACAAAUGGGUGGACGUCCGCGUGGCCCUGGAGCAGUUCACAGGACAUGAUGGGGCCCACGACAGCAUCCUCUUCAUCUACUACAUGGUCCAUGAGGAGAAGAAGUACUUCCACGUGUUCCUCAACGAGGUGACGGUGCUGGUGCCUGUGCUCAGCGAGGCCAAGCACUGCUUUGCCCUGUACACCCCAGAGAGGACGCAGCAGAGGUGGCCUGUGCGCCUGGCCGCCGCCACCGAGCAGGACAUGAACGACUGGCUUGCCCUGCUCAGUCUGAGCUGCUGUGAGAGCCGAAAGGUCCAUGGCCGCCCAUCCCUGCAGGCCAUCUGGUCUGUCACCUGCAAGGGGGACAUCUUCGUGAGUGAGCCCAGCCCGGACCUGGAGGCCCAGGACCACCUGCUACCCUGUGACCAGAUGUUCUGGCGGCAAAUGGGAGGUCACCUGCGUGUGGUGGAGGCCAAUAGCCGUGGCGUGGUGUGGGGCAUCGGCUAUGACCACACGGCCUGGGUGUACACAGGCGGCUACGGUGGAGGCUGCGUCCAAGGCCUGGCCAGCAGCACCAGCAACAUCUACACACAGUCGGAUGUGAAGAACAUCUGUAUCUAUGAGAACCAGCGCUGGAACCCGGUCACCGGCUACACCAGCAGGGGCCUGCCCACAGACCGGUACAUGUGGAGCGACGCCUCAGGGCUGCAGGAGUGCACCAAGGCCAGCACAAAGCCCCCAUCCCUACAGUGGACCUGGGUUUCAGACUGGUACGUGGACUUCAGCGUUCCUGGCGGCACAGACCAGGAAGGGUGGCAGUACGCCAGUGACUUUCCUGCUUCAUAUCACGGGUACAAAACCAUGAAGGAUUUUGUCAGGAGGAGGUGCUGGGCCAGAAAAUGCAAGCUGGUGACCAGUGGGCCCUGGCUGGAGGUGGCCCCCAUCACCCUUGGGGAUGUGUCCAUCAUCCCAGAGAGCCCAGAGGGAGACGGGCGUGGUUGCAGCAUUGCACUCUGGGCCAUUAGUGACAAAGGCGAUGUACUCUGCCGCCUGGGUGUGUCUGAGCUGAACCCUGCGGGCUCUUCCUGGCUGCACAUCGGCACUGACCAGCCCUUUGCCUCCAUUUCCAUCGGGGCCUGCUACCAGGUAUGGGCCGUGGCCAGGGACGGCUCUGCAUUCUACCGGGGCUCUGUGUCCCCCUCCCAGCCAGCUGGUGACUGCUGGUACCACAUCCCGUCACCCCCCAAGCAGAGGCUGACGCAGGUGUCCGUGGGGCAGACGUCCGUGUAUGCACUGGAUGAAAAUGGGAACCUGUGGUACCGAGGGGGAGUCACGCCCAGCUAUCCACAGGGCUCCAGCUGGGAGCAUGUGUCCAACAAUGUGCGCAGAGUGUCCGUGGGGCCCCUGGACCAGGUCUGGGUCAUUGCCAACAAGGUCCAGGGGACCCACGGCCUGAGCCGGGGGACUGUGUGCCGUCGUACUGGUGUGCAGCCUCGAGAACCCAAAGGGCAGGGCUGGGACUACGGCAUUGGGGGAGGCUGGGACCACAUCUCUGUCCGAGCCAAUGCCACUAGGGCCUCCUGGAGUGUGUCCUGGGAGCAGGAGGCCCAGGGCCCUGUCUGCUGCUGAGGCUGCCUGUCACCCAGAGGCGGGGGUGGCGCUAGGCUGGAAGGAUUCAGGCUGAGCUGUUCUGUGCCGAUGUCUCAAAGGCUGACUCGGGGGAGCCUGGCCCAGGUCGUGGCUGACUUCAGAAGCCCUGGCUGAAAUGUCCAGAAAUGUGAAGCCCCAUGGACGAGCCCGCGCAUGUCCCACUCUGUGAGGAUGCCGGAGAGGGAUGGGGGCCGGGGACCUCAUCCACAGCCGGUCCCACCUGUCAUUUCCCACCCUGCCUCCUUCCUCCCCAUGCUGGAACCUGGAACCCAAGCCCUCCAUCACAUCAGGGGAACCGCCGUGGGGCCUGGGUCACUUGUCACGUGCUGUGAUCAUUCCUUAGAGUGGACUCGCAGUGGGAGGGCAUUUUCCACGUUCAGCAGAUGGGAAGAUUGGAAGUGGAUGUACAAGUGGAUGAGCAUGUUCUCCCCCAGGUGGCUUGGGGUCCCCCAGAGUAGCCUGGGAGGUAGACAUGGUAUCUUUGUGCAGAAUUACCAUUAGAAACUCUGGUCAUCCCUACCCGCGAUGUAGUGGGACAGAGCCUCCUGGUCCAUCCAGUUGAUCAUGUCGAAAGGUGGCUGGGUGGAGGCUCGUGCCACCCUGGGCCCUGCAGGCAGGCAUUGGGAGCCAGAAUGUGUCUGGCAGGUGAGGUGUGGAUAGAGCCUGGGUCUUCUGUGCCCAGGGCACCACAGAAGGCACCUUUGCCCCACGCGGGCACCUUGCCCAGCCAGACAAGAAGGAAGCGCUUGGUUCAUGGCCCAGAUUGUGGCUGCCUGCACAUCCAAUGUGCACACUGGGUAACAUCUUAAAUUUACUUCCUGCAGCAAGACACUUUGCCCAGGAGGUGGCUGGAGCCGGGAUGAGUAAACUGGCCACUUUCUGACUUCCUGGGCUCCCCGGGACCCAGGGCAGCUCUGCAUUUGCCUCUGAGUCCACUUUGCUGUUGGAGUUCAUCAUCAGAAGAUUACUCUGAACACUGUGUCCUCUGGGCCCUCUCCUGUGGGUAUCUGAGGGCCUGGUGUCCAUUGGCAGUGGUUCUAGAGUUGGCAGGUGGCACCUGAGUGUGGAGCUGUCGCAUGGCCCGGGGCGUCCCCCUGCCUGUUUACAUUUCCCUGUCAGGUUCCUGAUAGGCAGUGUGGUUCGUCCCUCACACCUGUGACCUGUACAUUCUGCUGUGAGUCUCGCUGUCUGCAGGUGACUCUCAGUGAAGUACCUGGAGGGAGAAAGUACCUGCCCUUUCUCCGUGGUGACUUCUCCUGACUGUUUACCUGCUCAGCAUCACUGAACUCUCUUGAUUCCUUGAAUGCUUUAUUCAAUAAAAACUUACACUGCAGUGUACAUGGCAGGAUGGUUUUAUUGAUAUACUUUGAAAUGCACAGUUCCCAUGCAAUUGUGCAUGUGGCCAAAGCAAUUGCCCUCAAAUCUUUUAUUUUUGUUGUAUGACAAGGCAUCAAUUUC